AUGAUUACUGAAGAAAAUUCUAAUUAUUACUUUUUUGACCAAAUUAAACCAUUAAAGCAGGAAAUUAAUGGAAAUAACCAUCAUAUCACAUUUGAAGUUGACAGUAAUCAACAUGAUUUAUCAGAGUUCAAAGGAUUAAAAUCAUAUUCACAAAAUAUUGAUUUAAAGAAUAAUAUAAAUGAUCAACUAUCAAUUGAUUUCAGUUCAAAUUUUAAAACGAAUAUUGAUCAUACUGUAACGACGACGACGUUGACAACAACAACGUAUUCUGAACAAUGUCUAACAUAUGACAAAUCAACCUCAAAACAGUUAGAUUAUUAUACAUGGGUUAAUAUUAGCCAACAGACUGUAAAAAAUCUUUCACUUUUAUUACAACAACAAAACGUGAAGGAAAUAAAACUUCCUAGAAUAUUAAACUAUCGUUUAGAUGCAACAUGGGAUGAAUUAAUCUCUACUGUAGAUGAAACUCCAAGAGAUUGGCAGUUACCUACAAUUAAAACUGCCUAUGAUUUGUGGAUUCAGGAAAAUCCUCCUGAAGUUGAUGCCUAUGGAAUGAAAUGUGAUAUAGUUAAAAAGACACAUCAUCAGUACGGUGUUGAGAAUACUACUGUGUAUUCGAUAUCACCACGAGGUUCAGUAUCCCAUCGGAGAUCAAGUCAAUCAAGUAUCAGAAAUGCUGAAAAUGUGAAAAACAUUUCACAAAAAUUAAAUGAAGACAAGAUUAGUGGCAUACAACACACUAUGGAGCGAAUUCCUGGUGUAAGGAAGACUGAUAAAGAUUAUUCACCACCUAGAAUUCUGUUAGAUAAUCUUCCUCCAGAAUCUUCACAAUCAAUACAAAAGGUGGCCAUUGCAAGAGAUAAUCAGAAGAAUUCAUCACCUAUCUUGGCUGAUAAAGAAUAUCAAUCCAGUUCACCAACUGAUAAAGGGUCAAAAAUAAAUAUUCCAUUGACAAAUCGUCAACAGAUUCCCAGUAAACGUCUUCUCUCUGCAGAUCGAAGAGCUGAAGGUCGAAAUAAUAACAAUGGACCAUUCACCAUACAGUUCAUUAUGAGUUCACCAGAAAGUGUACAAAAAGGUUGGAUAAAUGACAAUAUAUUGAUCAGUUUUAUGAAUACAAUGGAAUGGAUCUGCUCACGUUUAACAAAUGUUAUAAAAAAGAAUGAAGUUGCUUAUAACUACGAGAAAUUACAAUUUGUCCGUUACUGCCAACCACAGUAUAUUACUUAUUCAAGCUUAUCAGAUGUGAAAAGUUUGAAAAGUCUGCAAGGGGUUUCACAAAGUUUACUUAAAAUGCGUUUUUGCAAGAAUACUGAUGAACACGAAGCUGAUGAUGAUAAUAAAUGUGCUAACAUUGACGUUACUACUGAUAAACAGGUGUCAGUAGGCAAAAGAACUGUGGAUAAUAAAAUCAACCUCAUGUUCAAAGUUGGUUUUCAGAGAGUCAAAGAAGUCAGAAUACCGGCUAUGAAAUUGUAUCAAAUAACAUCAGCCACAUCAGUGCCAAGUUCAACUUCUGUACAGUUUUACAAAAGUAUCCUAAUGGAAAAGUUUGAACGAGAUAUAAUGGACAAUAUCACAGUGUUAACAACUGCCAAUCUAAGCCUCAUCAAACAGAUGGAAACGAUUUCCACUAAUAUGGCAUCAUUAAUAGAAGAUAAGAGUCAGAUGACGCGGAAAACUGCAGCCACGUUAAGGUUAUGUUUAGAGAAGUUGGCAGCAGUUUUACAGUCACAAAAGAAAUCAACCAAAUAUAAUCAAAAUACCAAAAUGGAACAAUCAUAUUCAUGGUUUUCCUACUCUGCAGACGGAACACUGACAGUCAGAUAUCCAUGUGGUUCACCUGCUAUUAUAUGGUCUUCGAGUCCUUUGGUCUAUCAUAGAUCAUGCUCAAAUAUCAACAGUUGUGAUCCGUCAUCACUGAUUAAAGGAAAAGGAGUUAAGGUGAAAAAAUCCAAAGAAAAAGCUUCUACUACACCAACACUGUUACAAAGAGCAAAUACAAAUGUCACUAUCCCUAAAAGUAGCAGUAGUACUGCAUAUUCACUGGAAAAUCUAAAUGUUACUUCCAAAUCUGAGGAUGUUAAACGUCGUACAGGAUUUUAUUUAACCAUUUUUGAUAGACCUUCUGUCUCAUUAUCAAAGGAGUCAGCUACAAAUCUGAAUAGACAUGAUGAUAAGUUUAACUCACAACCUACUGCAUCUUUGAGUACAGAUCAUGAAAUGCUGACAAUCUCCGAAAAGGAGAAUCAUUUGAACAUAGAUCUUCUACAUAGAUCUAAAAAUACUACAAGAAUGACUAAUUCUGUUCGAGAGUAUAUAUCCAGUAGUUGUAGUAUGAAUAGUGGUACUAAUCAAUCUGAUUUACACACUGAACAUAGUAAAUCAGAUGAAAGCCUACAAAACGAAGAUGUACACAUCAGAAAGUUCAUUAUUGGUCCACUAAUUGCACACUUUACACCAUCUGGUGAAGGUGUAAUCUAUUAUCCAAAUAAUACACAUAAAAAUAACACACUAAAAAAAGUGACAAUGAUAACACCAACAGUAACAACAACACUGAAGAACGACAAUGGAAUGAAACGUUUACCAACAAAUAUUCAUGCAAUAUUCACAAAAGAUUACUGUUAUAUAUUCAAUAAUUCUAGUGGUGACUUACAAUAUCAAUUUCCUCGUUCUUCAGUAAAAAGUCGACAUGAUCCGACAAUACGAUUUCCAAUUUCAUUAGAUAUAAAUUUUAAUCAGUAUAUUAAAUUGAUUUAUACUAAUUGUACUGAUUUAACAGUAAUAUUUAAGACUGAAAAAGGUAUACUACUGAAUAUUGACUGUUUUGAAAAUUUUUACACCAGUGAUUAUAAUGAUAUGCUAUCAACUACUGAAGAUGAAUCAAAUCAGUGUCAACAGCAGUAUGCACUAUCCAAACUACCAUUUUUGAGUUCCAUUGUUGAUAUCACAAGCCAAAAUAAACAGUUAAUAACAAGCAGAAAAAGGAAAGAAGAAAACUUGCAGAAAAUAUUUAAAAAUAUCCCACCGAUAACCGAUCUACAGUCUCUUUCAAAACACCUUAUUGAAUCUAAGAAACGAAUCAGCUUUCUUUGUGAUCAAUGGCUGGAAGUACUACGCCUUAAUCUAGGUCUUCAACGGUAUCGCAUUCCAUCACCUAGAAGUACACGUGAAUUCCUUCGUUACAAGAGUAUUGAUGAUAUUACCAAAAGAUUUCAAAGGAUGCCAAGUAUAUCAACUUCCAUUCAAGUUACUGAUCAUAAUAAAUUGAUUUCAUCUGGAAUUUGUAAUACACAAGCUGUAAAUAAUCGAUUAAACACAAGAAUGAAAUCGAUAAAAGCAAAGGAAUUUAGUUCUGAACAAAGUCAUUUUAGCGAAACACCUGAUAGAGAAAAUUUAGAUACUAUUCAUAGACAUGAAAUAGUUAAAGAACUGACAAUUGAAAAGGAUGACCAACCUUCAGAAGAAAUGGGAACUGUUGAUGUGACAAUUAUGCGAUCAUUAAUCACUGGAAACAAUCAUAAAUAUGCCAUAGAAAAGAGUUAUACAAUCACGAAUGAAAUGAAGAUUUUCCCAGUUGCUUGUCCAGUAUUACUUCGAUUAUGGUUAAAUGAAAUAAAAAAUCACAAAUACUUUAAAAACUUAAAUAAGUCGGAUAAGCUUAAUGAGGCUAUAUCUAAGUUUACUGUUCAAGUGGAUCAUGAAACAGAAUUAUUGGGAAAAGUUUUUUCGGAGGUUUUGUUCAAUCCUUCGAAAUUUGAUGAUAAUCUACUAUCAACUUUGACAACAAUAUCCAGUAAAGGUUGCCGGUGUAGUCGACAAAUACCACCAGAUAUAACAGACUUAGAAUUUGAUAUAUUCUUGAAUAAACUAAUGUCUUCAUAUCAAGCUGUGGUGAUUAUGGUUUAUGAUUCCCGGUUACCUGAUGGUGAAACAGUUGGCAUAUGUGGUUUGCUCCGAAAGUUGUAUAUGAGACAGCAAUAUAGUGUACCAACAGUUCGUCACAUGUUAUAUGAUAAAAAUUACUCUCGGAGUGCACGUGAGAAUCAGCCAAGACUAUACGGUGGAUACAAAGUUGCAGGUACUGGAGCAUGCGCAUCAAUAUCUACGAAAACAGCAGAUUAUCGUUUUAUGAGUUAUGACCUAGCACAGAAUAUGAGCAAAGAUGAACAGAUUUCUGCCCAAGAACAACCAUUACUGCUAAGAAGAUAUCAUUCACGGCCAAAACCUGGAGAUUGCUUAAUCUUCAUCGAAGGAAAAUUAUGUUUUAUCGGUUCAUCACUUACAGGCUAUGAGGAGCUACCAUGGACAAAAGAACAGUUGGAUAGAAAAGUACUUCAAUGCAGAAAUCAGUUGAUGACACAAGGAUUUUCUUUACCAAUUGAUUUUCAAUUUUUUUAA